AUGAGCACCCUGUUUGCCCGGGUGUUCCGGCAGGCAUGGGCCACGUUCGAGCACACCGGAGCGGGGGACGCAAAGUUCGCCAGCAAUCUGAACGCGCUGCGCCGCCUGGUCGACCAGCUUACGCUGGCGGACAUUGGGCUGGAACCGUCGCUCGUCGCGACGGAAACGUUCCAGCAGCCGACCAAGGCGCCCUGCACGUACGUCGGUGUGUUCGAGAACGACCGCUUCGCGAUGUCGGUGUUUGUGCUGCGGGAAAACUACACCAUGCCGCUGCACGACCACCCCCAGAUGCACGGCCUGCUGCGGGUCGUGUCGGGGGCGGUACAGAUCUGCAGCUACAGUGAGAUCGCGCGCCGCGACACGGUGGAACCGAGAGCCGAGGGCGGCACCCUCCGCCGGCACGUGCUGGUGGUGGCCGAGCCGGAAAAGAUUAUCAGCUCGGCGGCCGGCGACUGUGCCGUGCUGACGCCGACCGAGCGGAACUUUCACGAGAUAACGGCGAUCGGGGGCCCGGCCGCCUUCUUCGACAUCCUCAGCCCGCCGUACAACACGGCCAGCCAGCCGCAGUACUACUUCUACCGGAAGGUGCCCGUCCCGCGGCAUCUGGCCGAGAUGGAACCGCUCGGGUUUGGCGGCCCGGACAAACCGUCCGCCCAGGAGGACGAGCGGCCCCGGUACGUGCUGGAGACGAUUCCCAACCCGGAACACUACUACUGUGAUACGGUGCACUACGCCACGCCGGAGUUUAUGUAUCAACAGGCGGAAGGAGGAGGCGGAGGUGGAGGAGGCGUUUAAGGGUCGUUUCAGGGGAAGGAUUGCGAAACAAGCCGAAGAGAGUCCCGGGGGAGGAAAAAAGGCGAUCGACUACUAACUACAAAUUAUAAUUAGCAUUUUGCACUCGAACGCUUCGAUGCUGGUGGUUUCUUUUUAAUUUGUUGGAUUGUUAUUUUUGUUUUUGUUAUGUUAUAUUUUUUUUGUUCUUCUUCGUCACUAUUAGAAGAAACCGCAGUAGGCAUCGUUCGAGCCUAGCGUAGUGUGUGUGUUUCUCACCCCGUUUUUUACAGGAGCGCCUGGAAGAUGGAGAAGGAGGCGCUGGCGUUGCGUUGAUGCAACGGCCAUGCAAUACUGCACGCGUAGUAGUACCGUUACUGAAUAGUAGAAGGGCACUUCACCCUUAAUAAACAAGCAAGCAAGCAAGCAAGCAAGCAAAGCCUAACGAAAGUUCAAUAAAACCAAAUUUAACUCUA